CCUUCUUUCCCCAACUUUCCGACUAGAAUAGAAUCUCUCUUUUGCCUGCCUUGCCUUGCCUGCCUGCCUGGAUCAACAAAACAAAACAAAAGUAAGAAGGGAUCGCAAAUCCAUCCAGGUGAUCAGGAAUUAAUAGUGAGCCGGGCGGCCAUGGAUGAGAUUGAGACGCUGCCAACCUCCACGUUCUUCCGGCGCCAUCCUCUGCUGCUCUGCUUUCUCUUCUUCCUGGCUCUCCUCUACACAUUCUUCUACAGCCUCUUCGCCUUGGUCCUCGCCUCCUCCCCCGUCCUGCUCCUCACGGCGUUCCUCCUUGGCGUCGUCCUCGUCUACAGCGAGCCCAACGUGCCCGAGGAUCAUGCCCAUGUCUACAAGAAGAUCCGCGGACCCAACACAACCACCACCACCACCAGUAGGCACCAUUCCCUCCAUGGUGGUGGUGGUGGUGGUUCUGACUCGAGCGACUCUUCAUCCGGCGAAGAAAACAACAACCCACUCGCCAUGUCGUCCGUCCUGGACGCUGGUGGCGGUGAUGAUGACGACAACGACGAUUCGGAGUCCGAAUCGGAAGACGAGCCUCCCGAAGAAAAAAAGCACAAGGCGGAAGUGGUGAGGGCGGUGGCGUGGACGAUGGAGGAUGAGAAGAGCAUCGAGGACAUCGGUUCGCUGGAGCUCGAGAGGAACGCCGCCGUGGAGAAGCUCAUGUACAGACGGCUUGCCGGCAGGCAGCGCCGCCACACAGACCUGAUGGUUCACACCACGGACAGGAAGAACCCCUUCGACCUCGACGUGCCUUACCAUGAGGAAGACUUCCCCGGCUCCGCUCCUUCCAUGCUCUACCCGUCGCACAACCCCUUCUUCGAUGAUGAUGAUGAUGAUGAUGCUGCUGCUGCUACUAACAAUGGUCUUCAUCUUCAUGCGCCGCCGCCACCACAGUUGGUAUCCACAGGGGUGCGCAAGAACCCGUUGAUGUUGACACGGCAUGAGAGCUUCGCGGUGGGCUCGCAUUUGCCCAGUGACUCGAGGCAGUCCCGCUUCAGGCCCUACUUCAUGAUUGAGAAGAUGCAGGGCCAGCCAGUUAGUGUUCCCGAGGCCAGCAGGAAGAGCAGCUCCUCCUCUUCAUCUUCCUCCUCGUCUGCCAGUGCCCAUGCCUAUGCCAGCAAAGAAGAAGCAACCGCAGCCACAGCAGAAGAAGAAGCUUUGGAAGAAGCAGAAGCAACGUUGGAGGUGAAAAAGAGUGAUGAGCCUAGGCCUCACGAGGGGGGCAUGGUGGCAGCAGUGGACGUGGAGCUCAUCAGUGACUCCUCGGACGAUGACAUGUUGCUGACUGGCAGUGAUGGUCACAAAGAGCAGCAAAUGAAGGUGCAGCAGCAGCAGGUGAUGGCAGUGUCAGACGACGACGGGGAGUCGUUCGAAGUGGAGAGCAUCACAAAACAAGUAGCUAUAGCAGCAGCUUCAUCAGGCAAAGGGAAGCAAUUGGAUACAGAUACCGCGUACGACUAUAGCCUGACAGCUGGUAAGGUGGAGAAGAAGCACAAGGAGCCAUUGGACCAACCUGUGGCGCCACCUAGUAAGCUGACGUCCAUACGGAGAGUAGGCAAUCAAUUGGACCUGGAUCCUGCAUACGACUAUAGCCCGUCAGCUGGUACCGCGGAGAAGAAACAGGAGGAGCCAUUGGACCAACCUGUGGCGAUGGCAAUGGUGAUGCCGCCGCCUAAUAAGCUGGCGUCCAUGCGAAGAGUAUUCACAGAAGAUGCGGCGCAUGAAGCAUGGAUGGCACCAAGCAACCUGGAGGAGACAACGGGGAAGGACGUCUCCGAGAUCAAGGAGCCAGACAUCCUCCCGACUCCUGCUCUUCCUCCUCUUCCUGAAGCUCCACCUCUUGCUGCUGCUAGCUCGAAAGAGAAAGGAGUCGGCAAGUCAAUCAAGUACAAGCCUCCCUCCAAGAAAGCAGUUCUGGGCUUCUUCCGCAAGUGA